AGGCGGGUUUAAUAAUCUAAGAAAACACAAACCCGAGUUUUCUGAGAAAAAAAGAAGUGACGGCGAAAGGGGUUUUAAUUAGGGAUUUAACAUUGAGAAGAAAAGGGCUUAGUUAGAUUCAGAAGCAGCAAAGGUCUUUCAACUGUAGCAUGGCGACAACUACUGGACUUGAGUCUCUUGUCGAUCAGAUUAUCUCCGUAAUUACCAACGAUGGACGCAACAUUGUGGGAGUUCUGAAAGGUUUUGACCAGGCUACUAAUAUAAUCCUGGAUGAAUCUCAUGAACGCGUCUUCUCCACUAAGGAAGGAGUACAACAACAUGUGUUGGGUUUGUACAUUAUCAGAGGCGACAACAUAGGUGUUAUUGGGGAGCUGGACGAGGAGCUUGAUGCUAGUCUGGAUUUUUCGAAACUGAGGGCUCAUCCUUUGAAACCCGUCGUGCAUUGAUUGAAAAAUAGUUAUGAUGAGUACUAAACAAAGAGAAAGAUUGCAAACAGUUUGUGUUAAGUUUGUCUUGGAGUUGUGUGCUUUUGUCUAUCCUAAGGUUCUUUGUCAAACCCUUUUGCCCUCAAAGAUCGUUGUAAUUCCAAAACGUAAUAGACUUCAUUUGCGAUCCCAGUGAGAUGAAUUUUAUCUUCAAAAUCACGUAUCCUUAAUAUUU